AUUAUACACUGUUGUUCCGAGAUUGUUAAAUCUCAUUGAACAAUUGACCAAUGGAUAUGUUAGAUUUAAUCGCAAGAGGUUGAAGGGCGAGAAUGGUCCAGAAGAUACCAUAAAUGCAUUAAAUACGUUAUUUGAAGUCUUGUUGACAUUAUGCCGUGUUAUGGCUUCUUUUACCCCCUUCCUCACGGAACAUAUUUACCAAAGCCUAAAAAAAUAUCUACCGUCAUCUGAUUCCAAUGAAGACGUUCGUUCUGUUCACUUUUUAUCUUUUCCAGAAGUGAGGAAUGAAUAUUUUGAUUCUGAUAUUGAACGUCGCAUGUCACGCAUGCAAGCAGUUAUUGACUUGGGUAGAAUUAUUCGCGAAAAAAAAACUAUUGGGUUAAAGACACCUUUGAAAGAACUUGUUGUGAUACAUUUAGAUUCACAAUAUCUUUCGGACGUUUUGUCACUUGAAAAUUAUAUCGUUGAAGAACUAAAUAUCAAAAAUCUCCUUGUUACAUCAGAUGAAAGUAAAUACGGCAUUAAAUACCGAGCAGAGGCUGAUUGGAAAGUGUUAGGUCAAAAACUUAAAAAAGACGCCGUUAAAGUAAAAAAUGCUCUACCCAAAUUGACUUCUGAACAAGUCAAAGAUUUCGUACACAAUAAGGAGAUUUUGAUUGAUGGAAUUAAAGUGGUCGAAGAAGACCUUCAAGUAGUAAGGUAUUUCGAGGAUACUAAUAGUCAUUAUGAAACAAGUACCGAUAAGGAUGUCCUUAUACUUUUGGACGUCAAAAUAUACGAUGAUUUGCAAGAGGAAGGAUUGGCUCGUGAAGUUGUGAAUCGUGUUCAAAGGUUACGAAAAAAGGCAGGAUUACAACCUACGGAUCCGGUAUUAACAUACUAUAAAUUUAUCAAGGAUGUCAAUAAUCAAAUAGAAACUAUUAUUAAGACACAAAAUGACAUUAUUGUCAAGACUUUAAAACGUUCACUGUUACCAAUUGCGGACAAAAUUGAUGGAGCUGAAGUCAUCAUCGAGGAAGAGCAAGAGAAAAUGCCAAGUCAAGAACAUAAUCUGGUCGGAGAAAGGCAAGCAGCCACUCAAGGUGUACCAGAUCUUGAUAGCCUCGUACCUGAUUCCGUGUCUAAUCAUAAAAAAGAUGCAGAGUUUUCUGAAUCCAGAAUUACAGCGGUAAAUAUUGUUUAA